UCCAAACAAAAGAAAGAGAGAGACAAAAACAAAUCAGGCAGUAACUUUAAUAACCGUUCUCUAUGCAAAUUGCAUUUUCUUCUUCUUAGGGAUCCGUUAAUUGGAUGGGAGGGCUCGGCAACGUUAUUUUUUCAGACAGCUCUCAAUAUAGGCUAUAGCUGCAAACGAGUGUCCGUGGAAACGGAGAGGGAGAGGAGGGGCUACCGGACAUCCGAUAAGGGACUACAUGCACGAGACGUGUGCCUACAUCUGAUCUACCAUGACUGCCCUCAGGCAGAGAAAGGGCAGUAAGGUGAAGGACUCUGGGCCGGAAAGCCAAAGCCAGAGCCUACAGUCCGACCAUGGGACAGACCCCCCAGAGAAACCCUGUAACGCACAUCUAUCUUGGUGGACGGUUGCAUGUUGGAUCACUGGUGCCAUAAUCGGCGUCUAUCUGGGUCUGCUGUGCUGUAUCUAUGUAGCUACACUGCACGAGAAUGACCUGUGGUUCUCCAACAUAAAGGAGGUUGAGCGGGAAAUCUCUUUUCGGACCGAAUGUGGCCUGUAUUACUCCUACUACAAACAAAUGCUGAAGGCACCGUCUAUACAAGAAGGUCUCUCAGAGUUGAUCAAUGACAACACUACAGAAUCUAAGAGAACCAUCAACAUUCUACAGCGAAUGAAUGUCUAUCAGGAGGUCUUCCUGAGUAUUCUCUAUAGACUUCUACCUAUCCAGGCUUAUCUGGAGCCUGUGUAUUUCUACAUCUACACAGUGUUUGCUCUACAGGCUGUGUAUGUGAUUGCUCUCUACAUUACCAGCUGGCUCCUCAGUGGCUCUUGGCUGGCUGGUGCUCUUACCGGAGUCUGGUACAUAUUCAACAGAGUAGACACUACUCGCGUUGAGUUCACUAUCUCUCUGAGAGAGAACUGGUCUCUGCCAUUCUUUGCUCUGCAAGUGGCGGCUAUUACCUGUUACCUGAGACCUCAGCUCAAGCCAGUACACCAGAGAGUGGUGUUGUGGUUUCUCUUCGUCUGUACGUUCUGUUUCUGUUUGACAUGGCAGUUCAAUCAGUUUGUUCUGCUAGUCCAAGCCCUUGUCAUCUUCACCCUGGACUGCCUGGACUUCCUCUCACCGGAGCAGGUGGCAUCUCUGUACCUGGUCCAGGCAUUGAGUUUGCUGUGUGUGUGGGUACUGCAGUUCUUUAACUCCAUGAUUUUGGGAUCUCUGGUUCUUAGCUUCAUAGUGGCAGCACUCCUCGUCAGACGUUUUCAGAGAGGGCUGAAAACAGGAGGGCUGCUGGCUCGUUUGGGAAAGCUGCUGCUCCACACGUUUCUGGUGUUGGCACUAACUCUCCUCAUUAAUAAUGGAGCCAAGAAAAUGCUUCAGCUGAGAUCGGAUGAGCACAUUUUUAAAUUCAUUAAAGCGAAGUUUGGCCUCGGGGCUACAAGAGAUUUUGAUGCAAGUCUGUAUCUGUGUGAGGAGGCCUUUGGGCUGUUGCCGUUGGAUACAUUUGAGCGUUUGGCAGGCACUUUGGUGUUGUAUCCAUACCUCUCUACCCUCAGCGUGCUGCUCCUCAUGUUGGUUUUGGUCGCACUCGCCAACCUCAGUGACUCGGGAAAUGGCGGUGUCUGUGAUAGAGGAGAGGAGCAGACCAUUAGUAUGCGUCCAGAAGUGGCGUAUAAUCUCUUACACAGCGUUUUCUUCGGUCUGUUGGCUUUCUCCACCAUGAGGAUGAAGUAUCUGUGGACAGGACAUCUUUGUGCCUUCGCUGCCUAUGGGGUUUGCGGUAAAGAGGUGUGGACACUCUACCUGAAGGUUAUUCGCUGCAACACUAAAACAAAGUUGAGGCUGGUCAGAUACACAGUUCCUUUUGUAAUUCUGGCUUUCCUUUAUUACAAGUUCUGGCCCAGACUGAUGGAAGAGAUCUCAGAGCUGAGAGAGUUCUAUGAUCCAGAUACGGUAGAGCUAAUGACCUGGAUCAGUUCUAAGACUUCGAAGAGGGCAGUCUUUGGAGGCAGCAUGCAGCUUUUGGCAGGAAUCAAACUGUGUACGGGGAGAGUCCUCACAAAUCACCCACAUUAUGAGGACCAGGCACUGCGAGAGAGAACAAGACAGGUUUAUCAGAUCUACGCGAGGCAGUCGGCUGAAGAUGUGCACAGGAUUUUGCGCUCGGUGGGGACAGACUAUGUGGUUCUAGAAGACAGCAUCUGCUAUGAGAGAAGACACAAGCGGGGCUGCAGACUCAGAGACCUGCUGGACGUCGCCAAUGGACAUAUUAUGGAUGGCUCUGGGGACAAUGAUCCGGACCUGGUCCACGCCUCCCACCCUCGAUUCUGUGAAGCCAUAAAGACUGAUGCGCCUCCUUACUCCACGUUCUUCACACGUGUGUUCAAAAAUAAGACUUUCCAUGUGUACAGGCUGAAAAAAACAAAGAGGAAAUCUAAAGGAGAAAAACCAACCAUGUGAAAAUGUCUCUUGUACCACUUACAUAUCACACUACCCCAACAGCUCAACGGUAACAGAAUGUUUGAGCAAGAUCGAACAUCUUCUGUGUGUGUGCACGUGUAUGUAUGAGAGAGCAGGAGAGAGACAGAGAGAAAGA